GACAUCAUUCGAUGGUCAAUGCAUGUCGGGAAGAUGCACAGGAGGAGGACCACUUUUCGAGUACUUGGGGAACGUCCCACACAGUCCUCAACGCGGAAUGCAGUACUUGGUCAAGAAGCGACUGCCCGGUAUAACUUACAAUCGUCCCAACCCCCUCCUCGGUCGCCGUCACCAAUGCCAACGCAUUCGUCGCCGUCCGGGUCUCUUCUGAGUCGAGCAUCAUCGGUAGUUCAACCGAUCCGCUCCUUGCCUUCAAGGGCCUCUACCUCGAGAUGGUCUCAACCCCCGGAGAGGACAGAAUCAUCGGACUCGGGUGUGAUAAAUGAGCCCUUUCAUUCGUUUCCUACUGCAAGAACUAGAGAGACAACCAUUCGUCCGAGGGGUGCUCUCUCCCGCCCUGUGCGGCCCUUUCCCAAUCCCCUUACCAAGUUUGUGCGCGAUUCUGCGCCGCACGCUAACAUACAACCGGAGAGGUACCCCUCGAAGCCCAACCGCUUUUCUUCUGACUUUUUACCCAGCCAAGCACAACUUCGGUCACAGGAGGCGCGUCCACCCCGAGCUCCAAUGCCGCAUUCUGUAUUCGAUGCAGAUUUAGAUAACUCCGCGACGAAAUUAGCGGAUUUUGAAAUUUCACCAUCACCUUCGCAACUCCUUACGAGAGAGCGAGAUCGACCUAAACGUCCCGGUCGGAAAGGAGAGUUCAAAGAACGCGGUUCCCUAAUUCAUUCAUCAGACUCCUCGAUUCCCGCUUCUAAACACAAGUCAUCAAACCGUUGGCAACAGUUGGAACGAAAAAAGGUUAGGGACAGGGAGAAGAAGGCAAGGUCUGUGGAGAAACAGAGCGUCAAAGCCGACCUGUAUAUUCCCACCACUGUUACUGUGGGCCAAUUCGCUAGGCUAUUAAACGUUCGUUUGAGAACUCUGCAAAAGAAGAUGAUCCAGGCGGGCAUGCAAGAAGAUACUUCGUACAACCACGUCCUCACUUCUGAUUAUGCCGCCCUCCUUGCUGAAGAGUUUGGCCGGAAUCCGAUAAUAAACGACGAGGCCGCAUUUGACCUCCAUCCCCCACCACCCCAUCCAGAUCCCCAUCUCCUCCCUCUUCGUCCCCCGGUCGUUGCCAUUAUGGGUCAUGUUGAUCAUGGAAAGACCACUCUCCUUGAUACUCUUCGUUCGUCUUCUGUAGCUGCUUCCGAAGCAGGGGGUAUCACGCAGCACAUAGGUGCUUUCUGCGUACCCGUGGGAUCAUCCACGCACUCUUCUGAUACAAAUGCACACCCCAGCACCACUGAUAUGACCGAUGGACGCCUCAUCACUUUUCUGGAUACUCCUGGUCAUUCUGCAUUCUCCGCUAUGCGUGCACGAGGCACUUCUGUCACUGAUAUUGUGGUUCUUGUCGUCGCAGCUGAUGAUGGUGUUAUGCCCCAGACCCUCGAAGUCAUUGAACUCGUCAAUCGUGAGAAGGAUAGAAGUAAUGUUGGGAUGGUAGUGGCGAUCAACAAGAUUGAUAAGGACGAGGCUGACGUGGAUCAAACAAAGCGGUCGCUUUUGGCGGCCGGGGUAUCGCUUGAAGAGUUUGGUGGCGACGUGCCCUGUAUAGAAAUUUCGGGACUCACGGGCCGUGGCUUGCCUGACCUCAUCGAAACAGACUGCCCAGUUGUAGGAUACGUGCUGGAGUCAAAGGUACAGAAAGGACUAGGCCCUGUGGCAACUGUCCUUGUCACUCGUGGCACUCUUGUUGCAGGUGCACCUCUAUUAGCUGGCACUUCGACAUGCUCCACUCGUCGUCUGCUCUCGCCAACAGCCCAGCCACUUGCGUUCGCUGGACCUGGGACGCCUGCCAUAGUCACAGGUUGGAAGUCACUUCCCGCAGCUGGUGACGAAGUGUUGGCUGGAAGUGAGGGUGAUAUUAAGAAGGCCAAAGCAAACCGUCUUAAGAAGAAGGAUGUGGAAGGUGUCUUGCAGGACGCGGAAGCCAUCAACGCUGAGCGGAAGGCACGCAGAGAAAGUGAAGCUAUCAACGAAACCUGUGAACAAAUGAAGGGCAAAGAUGAGACCGAAGAGCAAAAGAAAUUGAAGCUCGUCGUUAAAGGGGAUGUCAGUGGGAGCGUGGAAGCACUUGCUGGCGCUCUUGAAGGCAUUGGUAACGACCUUGCUGGUGUUGAUAUCGUCUCUACAGGCGUAGGGGACAUCACAGAAACAGACGUCAUGAUGGCCAAGACUGCGGAUGCUUUGAUUAUCGCGUUUUCCGUUUCUAUUCCCCGCGGCGUUCAGGGCACUGCAUCUCAGAAUUGUGUUACGAUCUACUCAUCCAAUAUCAUAUAUCGCGUUAUGGACCACAUUCGCGAACGCGUCGCCGCGCUCCUUCCCUGCACAUAUGUAUCAAAAGUUGUGGGUGAAGCAACAGUGCUUCAGUUAUUCGAUAUCCACUCUAAAGGAAACGUGACUAAGAAGAUUGCUGGCUGCAGGGUUGGCAAUGGAGUUGUCGAAAAGGCCUGCAUGGCCAGAGUCAUCAGAGAUGGUGAAGUAAUACAUGAAGGCCCCCUUGAUACACUACGCCAACUCAAAACCGAAGUGACGGAAGUUAGGAAAGGUCUAGAGUGUGGUAUCGGCUUAAAGGACUGCAACAACCUGUGCGAAGGUGACUUGGUGCAGACGUUCAAAUUGAUAGAAAUACCCGCCGUCCUCUAAAACCUUCAGCCUACUUUUGCCCCCAAUAGACGAACCCAUAGAAACUACGCAAAGUAUCGUUCACCGCUAAUAAUAAUUCCCCUUACGAACGAAGU